AUGCAAUCAUCAAGUCAGAAAGGCCUUGAUAUCAACACAAUUCUUUCUAUAAUCCCCUAUCCACCUAAAGUUACCCCUCAGGAUCUAAUCAUGAAGGCAGGCGCAAGGCUUGAAAAAAGUGGAAAAAUAUCCAGAAUUCCUAAUGCAUUUAUCGCAUUUCGCAUGGAUGUCUGUCGCGAACUUCGUGUUAUUGGCGAUUGCAGCAUGAGCCAACCUCAACUUUCUUUAAUGUGCAAGGCUUCAUGGGACAAUCAACCAGAAUAUGUCCGUAAUGCAUAUCAACGUAUUGCAGCAUCCGCAAGAAUUCUUUACGAAAGGAUGAUUCAGAAACGCAGACAGCAUGGACAAAAUAAUAAAAGAAUGGCAUCAUAUGAGCAGACGCCAUUUUUAGAUGAUGAAAUGAACGAAAGUCUUGCUUCCAAAGAUCAAUUUGAAAAUUUUGAAAUUCUUUCACUUGUGAAUACAUGUAUGGCCUCUUCCGAAAUGUUCGUGCAGGAUGCAUCAAACACAGCAUCUGGUCAUGCUCUUCCAAAUUGGAUCCAUCAAAAUGAAAAUCCAAAUUCAACUAUUGAAGAAUCAUCAAAUUUAACUAACUUUGGGCAUCCUGAAAUUAGUUCAAAUAUAACUCUUCCCGUUGAUUUACAAGAAUCGCGUUUAGAGGGAGGCCAAUCUUCAUAUUUUGAUUCUUCUUCCGACGAUAUUAAUUUUGUUUCGAUGAAUUCGGAAAUUGUAAUGAAAUCAUCGAAUUUUGAAUCUUUCGAUUACAGAAACCAUGAAUUUCAUUUUGAUAACAAUUUUUCUUCAGCUUCUAAUAAUUUGGCUGAACCUCAACAACCAGAUCCAAACAAUAAUGUUAUUGAAAAUUCCCACGAACAUGAUAAAUGUGGCGCAGAAAGCCAGAUUACUGAAUUGCGCUCAAAAAUUAAAUUUUUAGAACAAAAACUUGAUACUUUAAUGAAUUUUUUAAAUGAAGAAGGGUUUAUGAUGAAU